AUCAAGUGGUUUGGAGCAAAUCAAAGUCGUUUUGAGCCUUGAACUCAGCACGACUCAGGGGAGUGGCACCAAAAGUGGCACAGGCGGCAGUUGGCGUGCAUCCUUUCCUGCCGUCAAUCCUCCAUCAUAUCAUGGCACUGUUCCAUAGCAACAUAGUUCUUGCGGGACAUGCCCCAUAAAUUGCUAGGCGGUCCGCUAUGCAUGAGUGUCGGACAGCAGGGCCUGAACUAAUGACGCAGACUGCUCCUGCUAUUGCUGCCCUGAACCUUUAUUUCGUAUUGGCAUAACGCAAGAGCCCAAGUCCGGAAACAGGGGAGUUCUGUUUCUGGAAACAUGGCUGUGUUCCCGGCGCCAUGCACGAUUCCGGAUGCAACUUUCUGUUUCUCGCUUCUCUUUGAAAUGCAACGUUCUCCUAAUUGCUACGAACGUCUUGUAAUUGUUCUACUUAAGGGUAGCAUCCAGUCUCAGCCCAACUUUGGUUGUUCAAGUUCCAACCCGGCACUUGCACCGGCCGCAGCUCUCGCCAUCCAUUGAUGGCCUUCGCGGUCGAUAAUGGUGCUGAUAGAGCACGAAGAAGUGCGCGAGCAGCUAGCCAGGUCCCUGGCCACUACGAGCGCAUGGAGAAUGGCGGAGACAGCCCUGAGCCUCAGCCGCGCGCCAAGCGUGCCAAGUCCGCCGCUACACGCACAAUCUCAACGCGUCGAACUCGGGUAGACGCGGCUGCUCUGGCCGACACAGCGACUCAGAGCGCUUCGCGAUUGGGCGGUAGCGUUGGCGAGGCGGAGGACGAGGAGGCCCUCUUCAAGGCGGCGGCAAAGCCUGUGAAUGGAGGCCGUAAACGCCCGCACGUGUCUUCCCGCCAGGCCGCUGACAACUCCGACGUCCUAGCCGGGGCGCAUGAUCCCACUGUCCUCGCGUUCCAGCCUCAAGGAGGCCUGAGCCCCGUUCGAGAGGCGAGCCACGAGAGCAAGGCCGCUAGCGUCUCGUCGGCCACAGCCUCCCCCCUGAGUGGCACCGGCGCCUCCCCGGGCUCGUACAGGGAUGCACUGAUCACCAGCCACACCCCAACCAGUGCGCUGCUCCUGGCAACUGGUGGCGCUGGUAGUGGCCACGCACGUUCUCCUGCGUGGGCACCGUCUGCCAGCCCACUUGCGGCUGUAGCCACCGCUGCACGCACGCCUCACGGCGCCCGUGCUGCUCCUACCGCUGCGGGCGGUGGCCUCAGCAUGGCCCCGCCGGGCAGCGUCACUGCGGGAUGCGCACGUGCGCUGCCGGUGAGCGGGGCGGCCAACAGUGGCGGCAUGCCCCGGCAGCCCCUGGCGGCGGUUGCGGCCAGCCCCGCGGCGGCCGCCGCCUCUGCCGCUAUUGCACGCGCGGCUGCCGGCACCCGCACUGGUCCUACCGGUGCUGGCAGCGUCGCCCCGUCGAACACUGGUCGCGGUCUGACGAUCAAGCUGAAGACUGGGGCAGCAGGGGCUGUCGUCGGCAGUGCAAGCACGCCGCGCCAGCUGCCGGCCGCUGCUGUGGCCAGCCCGGCGGCGGCGGCGGCGGCUGUCGCUGCCGGCUCACGUGCUGCUUCCCUGCAUGCGGGCGGGGGCGCCGGCGGUACCUCUCCGAGCUUUGGAGCUGCAGCUCGCGGCACUGUGCGCCACGCCUCGCAGGCUGCGGCAGCAGGGGCUGUCAUCGGCAGUGCAAGCACGCCGCGCCAGCUGCCGGCCGCUGCUGUGGCCAGCCCGGCGGCGGCGGCGGCGGCUGUCGCUGCCGGCUCACCUCGCGGCACUGUGCGCCACGCCUCGCAGGCUGCGGCAGCAGGGGCUGUCGUCGGCAGUGCAAGCACGCCGCGCCAGCUGCCGGCCGCUGCUGUGGCCAGCCCGGCGGCGGCGGCGGCUGCUGCCGCUGGCUCACGUGCUGCCUCUCCGCAUGCGGGCGGGGCCGCCGGCGGUACCUCUCCGGGCUUUGCCGCUGCAGCUCGCGGCACUGUGCGCCACGCCUCGCAGGCUGCAAGCACUCCGCGCCAGCUGCCGGCCGCGACGGCAACUGCGGCAGCCAGCGCCCACGGCCACGCGGCCUGGGCGGACGCUGGUCCUACCACAGCAGGCGAAACUGGUGCCAACUCCAUGGCUGCUCAUACGCCGCGUAUGGCAGCAGCUGCAUUGGGUGGGGGUGGAACGACGCUCCCACGCAGCCCGGAGCUGGAGGAUUCAUUCCUGGACUUGAUCCCUGACAUGGAUUUUGAUGUGGGACUUGCGUCGCCUCAGCAUCACGGCCGGGUCCCGCCACGCUCGCAGCAUGGCGUACAGCAGCCUGGCUUGGGGGCGUUGGGUGCUGGCCUUCAGUCCGGUGCGGUGUCCGGCGGCGGCGGCGGCGGCAGCAGCAGCGGCACCUUCAUGACUUGCUACAAGGCCGGCGAGACUUUCCUCCUUGACUCGCGCGUACCGGUGGCUCAGCUGUAUGAAGGCGUUGUCGUCGAUGGCCAGUUGCUGCUGCAGCCGCGGCCCAGUGGCAUGCUCAUGAUGGCGGCGCCAGUCGCUGAGCAACUACUGCGCGGCAGUGUGGGUCCAACGUCGGCGGCGGCAGCGGCGGCGGCAGCAGCGGCGGCGGCAGCGGCGGCGGCAGCGGGUCCACCUUGGUCGGCGACCGGGGGGACUGGCGCUGGGCCCAGCACUGCGGCGGGCGGUGGACGCAGCACUACGCAGCAGGCGUGCGCAGCAGGGUGGGGCGUGCAGUCAUCGGUGGCUCGCGCUCCUAGCCGCUCGCGUAAGGCUAUGCACUGUGUGGCAUCAGGGAGCUUCGGACAGCCUGGUCAGCCUCGCGGCCUUUCUGUCGCAGGCCUUGCUUCCGGCAUUCGUCCACCCGAGCGGCCUGCAAGUGCUGUGCACCGGUCGGCCGCCAGCCCAAGGCUCGUCAUGGCUAGCGUGGGCAACCGCAUGCCGGGCGGCGCGCAGCAGUACCAUUUGCCGCAGCAGCCGCAGCGGCAGCAGCACCAGGAGCACCAGCAGCUGCAGUACCACCAGCAGUACCGGCAGCAGCUGCACUACCAGCCCCCGCGGCAGCCGCAGCAGCCGCAGCAGCCGCAGCAGCAGCGGCAGCCGCAGCAGCCGCGGCAGCCACAGCAGCUACAGCAGCCGCGGCAGGCGCAGCAGCCGUUACACUCGCCACCGCCGGCGCAGCAGCAGCACGGGGAUGCGAUCCUGGAGACCCCCCAGUUCAUGUUCUUCAACGUCAUCCGCAGCAUCAUUGUGGCCGUGAUGGCUUGGCAGGCGCUGGUGCGGACGUCUCCUGAGUACCGCAGCGGUGGUGGGAGUGACAUGGAGCAGGACAUGGAGCAGGACCUUGACGUGGAGCCAGCGGGCAGCCUUCGCGAGCCUUUUGUGAUCCAGAUGGCGGGGCCGGAUGAGAAGGCCGUGGCCGGCACCAGGCCGACGCGCGGUGGCAACAAGAAGGCGGGCGGAACGUAUGCCUUCAUCCUGGUCCAGUUCCUGCCGCACCUGCUGGACUGCCUCCUUCAGUUCCUGCAGUGCCUGCCGCCGGGUGUCGACCUGGCGGCCGUGCACCCGCGCUUCUGGCGCACCACCAAGGACAUGUCGCCACACCCCGACUACCCAAUCUCGUGGAGCACCAAGUACCAGACGAACAUCGCCAAGAGCGCACUGCUGCUGAUGCCCCUGGGGGCCGCAACCUGGCAGGAGGAGGUGGAGGCCGUGUACAGCGAGGACGGGACUGACUGCCCGGAGCAGUACAUGCCGCUGUACGCGAUCCUAGGCUGGGCGUGGAAGGGCACCCGCCCGACGGCCAAGCUUUUCGACCAGCGUCACAUGAACUUGUCGCAGCUCGCCUCUUCCUUCAGUGACGCGCUCGACAACCCACCCCCAGUGACGGAGGAGGAGGAGUACGAGGAGUGGGAGCCGCCCCUGGGGAUGACCAAGGCCGGGCUGGAGCUACAGCGCCGCCUGUUUGCCAGCGGUGGUGGGCCAUGGAAGCGCGUGGACCUGUUCGUGUACUGCCUGGACGACCGCAUUCAAAAGGCGCUUGGCGGCUGUGAGGUCAUGCUGGGCAACAGAACCGUCCCCGUUGACUCCAUCAUCGGCCGCAGCGUCCUGUGGAAUGGCACCAUGUGGCUGGGCGACGCCCUGGUGGUCCUGGCGGAGGGCAAGUCGAUCAUCGGCGUGGAGGAGAUCCUGCGCUCCCCGGAGCGGCUGGAGCACUACAUGGAGCGCGGGCGUUUGGCAAAAGAGGGCCAGCUGCAGCUGUGCGCGCCGUCGAUGGACGCGUUCCGCAUGCCCACGCUACAUCCCUGCGCGGGCGGGUUCAAUUUCAUUGCCGGGGCCAUAGGCUCCAACUACUGAGCGCAGUGGCCUAGGACAGCCGGUCAGCAGUGCGCAUGCGUGCGCGUGGUGCGGGCGCCAUUGUUUGCCCCUCCGCUGCACACUUGCCUUGUUGGUAGCCUUGGCUUCAUGAAUGAAGUUCAGCACAUCCAGCCCGAAGUAAUACCCGCUAUGCGUAUUGAUGAAGGGAUGGUCGUCAAGGCUAUACGCGGCCUGGUAGUCACCUUCAAGGCUCACGUUCGCCCCGGUGAAGUAGCGAUUCGCACGGACACGGUUGCCCUUGUCGUCACGUACAUAACACCGGUAGAAGGUUGGCCCAUACGAGGCAUGGCAUCUCCUACAUACUUUAAGUUCCUGCGGGCAGGAGAAGCAGGCAGGAGAGUGCGAGCGCAGGCGUGGGGCUGAAGUGAAGGCGUGUGCAGGUCCCAUCCCCGGUGCGACCCCAUGAGUAAGUACGUUGAUGCCGCUUCAUUACCUGUAUGC